AUGCUUCCAGAGUACUGCGGCCCUUCGAUGCUGAGCCCGAAGACAGGCCAGGAGGUCCUCCCCGAGCUGGUGAAGACCAAGCUGCUGGCGGUGGUGGCCGGGAAGGGACAGGCACGGCGUGCGGUGGACCCCGGGCGUGUUGCGCUGGUUUGUCUGCCUGUCUGUAAACCUCCAGCCCGCGUUGCUUCACAUCUGGGAUAG